AUGUCACAGUCAACAGGGCCUCCUGUGCCAAGGGCACCAGGGAGCUUUUCUCCAAUUGUGCAACAGGCCUCAACGACUCAACGACUCCCACUGCGAAGAGUUGAGUCCUCGUCGUCGGAAGAUUUACCUCUACCUCCAUCCCUUUCCAGCAAAGUUCGUCCACAGUCGCAGAAUGCGCCUGCCCCUCCACGACCUUUCUACGCCCAAUCAACCAAGAGCAACUCAAGCACCACCAGUCUGCAAAACUUCUCGCGACCAACUCUCGCACAAGUAAGAACUGAUAUUGGCGGUACACCGUUGAGGAAUGCAUCGCCUCUCACUCCUGUAGCUUCAAAAUCAUCCUUUAGCGAUUUCAAAAGUCACGGACGCAAGCAUUCACAAACUCAAGGUUCUUUUGAGCCUUACUUGCCAACAGCCGCAUCAUCCAAUUUUGGAAAUAUGUCAAAUUUAAACACUGGAGUUUCUGCGAGUCACAUCGCUGCUCAAGCUGCUAUGCAACAUCAAUCGCAACAUGCGCGCCAAAGAUCCCAGACUGUACCAACUCCACAAUUGGAUACCUCGUCGAGUAGCCCUGAAAGUCGCAGACCUUCAAAAGGUCCUAUUUCACCACCUUUAUUGAGUUUGACAGAAGCUUCAGCUCCGAGGGAUCCUUCAUUCGGUGGACAAGGGUAUCAUAAUGGAUUGCUUGGGGGAGGAUCGAGUGCGGCUCAAACAGCUGCAAGUGUUGUGUUUUCAAAAUCUCCUGGAUCAUCACCAGCAUUGACAUCUACGGAAUAUGAACAACGAAACCAAGCGCAAGCUCAAGCUCAAGCAAAAGCGCAAGCUCAAACCCAGUUGCAGGCGCAAGCACAGCCUCAGAUGCAGGUACAAACCGAAAAGCCUGCUAAAACAGAAAAGUCUAAAGUCAAAUUAUUCUCGAGGCCUGGAAAGAUUGGUAUAAGCAAGGAUAAAGAAGUAAAAUCUGGAGCUCUUCCAAGUCCUAGUUCCGCAAGUAUGUACAGCAUGGCGAAUUCUUCCUCAGCGACGAUACGACCAAUUGAUACACCACAACCAGAAAAGGAGAAAGACAAGGAAAAACAUAAACACCACUUUUUAUCUCGCCAGAAACACAAGUUGAGCAGUAAAGACGAUCAUCAUUUACCAUUAUCAUCAGCGGCAUCAAAUUCCAAACCCGUGGAUCCUAAUGCACCGAGCAGUCUAUAUAAUUUCAAUCUUCCACCAAGUCCAGGUCCUACAUCUACAAGUUUUGCAAAGAGCAUGAGCGGUUUGGAUUUGAGGCAUGGUGGGAGAGCUUUGCGAGAGAAGAAAAAGGAAGAGAAGAAUGAAACGUUGAGAGAAGGAGAAUUAUCAUAUCAGAAUAGUAACGAGUGGCCUGGACCAUCUAGUCUUGGUUCAGCAGGGGCAGCGUCAUACUUAGGUCCCGGUGGUGUAGGCUAUCCUUCCAGCACUUUUGGACCUGACACAUCAGAUUUGGGAAAAUAUGGAUUGAACAAUAUGGCAGCAGAUGAUGCAUGGCCAUUUUUAAAAGCAAAAUUAUUGGUUAUAUUUGAGGGCGAAGAUCUAAGGUUGUGUGUGGAGGAUCUCAAUCGUCUAGUCACCGAUGUAUACAAAAAAGAUGCCCAAGUUCUAUUAUAG